AUGAAUCCGCUCAUUAAAUUCAUUACAUUAUUAAGUAUUAUUAGUUUAACUAAAGCAGCCAUUAAUCCAAUUGGUAUUGAUGGUUAUCAAUAUAAAAAAAUACCAAACAAUUCAAUACAACCAUCACAAACAUCAAUUGAUACAAUUAAAACAAUAAUAAGAAAUGAUCAUAUGGGUAAUUAUGUUUAUGGUUUUGAAACAUCUGAUGGUAUUGUACAACGACAAGCUGGUGAAGCAAAUGGUUCAAAACGUGGUUAUUAUUCAUAUGUUGAUCCUGAUGGUAAAACAUAUACAGUAUGUUAUAUAGCUGAUGAAAAUGGUUAUCGUAUUGUUGGUGAUCCAAAAUUGGGUGCAAUUAAAGAAAUUCAAUGUCCAUAUGAUAAAGAUAAAAGAAGACCAAAUCCAUUAGUUGCUAAAAUUGCUAAUACCGGUAAUAAUUCUGUAUAUGUAAAACCACAAAUAAAAGCACAAGUAAAAGGAAAUGGAUAUGGAUAUGUUAAACCAUUAUCAUCAGUAUCAUCAUCAGUGACACAUAAAUCAUUAUCAAAAUUACAAUCACAUCGUCAAGUAAAGAAAAGUUAUCCAGUUCCGGAAGUUGAUCCGUUUUUACCACCAUAUGUUUAA